AUGGGAGAGAGAACAUAUCCCGUCCUCUCACGCAGGCAGGUGGAGGGCAUGAUAGCUGAUGGCAAAUCCAUCUUCAUCCUGGACCAAUUUGUAAUUAAAGCCGAUGCCUGGUGUCCGUACCACCCAGGCGGCGACAAGGCAAUCCGCCACAUGGUUGGACGUGAUGGCACCGACGAGGUCACAGUACUACACUCCCCCGAAGCGAAACAACAAAUGCUGCGAUAUCGCAUUGGAAGGAUCGAAGGACGAUGGACCAACUUCCUACCUCCCAUCCAGGGAGGCAAGUUCAGACCGCUCCCCGCCAGUGGCCAGGAGUGUCUUGAGGAUGAUGACCAAGACACAUGCCCCGAAUCUGCCGUUGCCUCCAGUCAUACCAGCUCGCGCGACCCUUCUCCUGUCUUCGAUGCCCAAGAACCUGUACUCAGGAACCGUACUGCUACCAAGGGCGCUGGGCGCCCUGCUUCAGUCUCAUCCGUCUCCUCCACGGAAGAGGCGGAUGGCAUGACCUACCUAGACACGCAGACCAAGGCAAAGAUCAGCCUGGAUCUCGACCAGUAUCCGUCACUGGAUUUCUCCACCCAGGACACCAUUGUACAAAAGUAUCGGGCUCUGAACGAAAGGAUCAAGGCUGAAGGUUUGUAUCAAUGCAACUACAAGUCGUAUGCCAUCGAGAUCUCACGGUACAGUCUCCUGUUUGCCGGCAUGUUGCUCUUCCUCCACUGGGGCUGGUAUGCAACGAGCGCAUUGUGUCUCGGCGUAUUCUGGCAUCAGUUGGUGUUUUCGGCUCAUGAUGCCGGCCACAUGGGAAUAACGCACCGCUUUCACGUCGACACUGUUAUAGGUAUCGUCAUUGCCGACUUCCUCGGCGGGCUAUCCAUUGGCUGGUGGAAGAGGAAUCACAAUGUGCAUCAUAUUGUCACCAACUCACCUGAGCAUGAUCCAGAUAUCGAACACAUGCCUUUCUUCGCCAUAUCGCAUCGUUUACUGGGAGGUUUACGCUCGACAUACUAUGAGCGCGUCAUGGAGUAUGAUGCCGCGGCCAAGUUCUUGAUUUCUAUCCAGCACUACACAUACUAUAUCAUCCUGCUCUUUGGCCGCUUCAACCUCUACCGGCUUUCCUGGGAGUUCCUCAUUCUCGGGCUUGGACCACGCAAGGGCCCAGCUUGGUGGCACAGGUGGCUCGAAAUCGCUGGCCAGUUUUUCUUCUGGGCUUGGUUCGGCUAUGGUGUCGUGUACAAAUCCAUUCCUACAGGAUGGGACAGGUUUGUGUUUGUCAUGAUUAGUCACAUGGUUACCAUGCCCUUGCAUGUUCAAAUCACACUGUCUCACUUCGCCAUGAGCACGGCCGACCUUGGGGUACAUGAAUCCUUUCCCCAGAAGAUGCUGCGAACCACAAUGGAUGUGGACUGCCCGCAGUGGCUAGACUUCUUCCAUGGUGGCCUACAAUUUCAAGCCAUCCAUCACCUCUACCCCCGCAUUCCGCGUCAUAACUUGCGCCGUACACAGAAGCUGGUUCAGGAGUUCUGUGACGAUGUUGACAUACCAUAUGCGCUUUAUGGCUUUGUCGGUGGAAACCAAGAAGUUAUCAGCCGGCUUGCGGAAGUAUCCAGACAGGCAGCAAUCCUGGCAAAGUGUCAGAAGGUACUCGCGAAAAGCGACGAUCCUCUUGGCCAUGGGCACUGA